GAUAUCUGCAUGCACCAAAUGAAAUUCAUUUCCGUGUCCUCGUUGCCAAUCACAGCCCGUCCGAGCUCGCGGCCGAUUGUCGCAGGCAGUCGGACUGUCAUGUAGACUUCGAGGCUGGGAGUGAUGGAUGGAUGGAUGGAUGGGAUGGCAGACAGGCGCUGUGUGCUACGUUCCUUUUUUUAAACUACGAUGGUUCCCCGGUCCUCAGUCAUCAGGAGCCAAUUCAUGCUUGCCUCAUUCUGCUCUCCCCGUGGUAUAAGUUCGUGUCUGCUUUUGCUUCACGUCUAAAGGCUGUUAUCUAUACCUGCUACUGCACUAGCUAAUCUUCGGGAUGCCGGCCGUUGGACCCCGUGUGUCAAAGGAGGAGUUUAUGCAGGCGCUGGGGCUGAACUCGCAUGAUCCCCAGCAUGAGCAGUACUAUCGAGCUAUGAGGGAUGAAGCCAUCGUCGUAUACAACCGCAUGAACCAAGAUACCUCGGAUCUGCUGGACAGCGUCAGAAACGACCCCAACACCCGACCGCCCUUUUUCUGGCAUCAUAUCCGUCCGGAGAGACAGCGAUGGGGUAUCAUGGAGAUCUCGCGGAACGCCGGGCCCCUGACGCGGCCGCUGUUCGAGCGCGGAAACACCACGGGCGAGUACGGUCCCAACUGGGUGGCCGGCUGGUUGCUGUACAGCGUGUUUCGGUCGAGAGAUGUUCGUAAUAACCGUAAUCGGCGGAAGGGUGACGAUCAUGGCCAGGAUCCAAAAAGGGAUAAGCAGACGGCACAAUCGGACAGUGGACUGACAAAGAAGACGUAUUAUGACCCGGUGAGGAAUGGAUGAUGCGGGUGUUUUAACGUUUAACGAGGCAACAGUGCUGGCUUGAGCUUUCCAACUUC